AUGCGCGGCGGCCUUGUAUCGUCGUCGUCGUCGUUAGUACUCUCGAGAAGCAACAGCAACAACACCAUCAACACGAUACACCAACUAAAAAGAGCAUCAACCGCACAGAGAGCAACGAAGACAAAGAAGAAAAACGUCAUCAUGGCAGGUCCUCCGUUACCGUCCAAAUCCAUCGCGCACAUUUACAAAGGCGUUCCAUGCUCUGGGGAACCGACGACUUUAUCGUUUUGGAUCGAUUACGCGUGCCCAUUCAGCGCGAGAUUGUUCAAACGCAUGUACGAGGACGUCAUGCCUCAUUACGCCGGCUUGAACAUCCGCUUUGAGUUCUAUCAUCAAGUGCAGCCUUGGCAUGUCGCGUCUGGCAUCAUGCACGAGACGUCGUUAGCUGUGGCGGAAGUGUGCGGCGAAGAGGCGUUUUGGCAAUUUUCGAAGGAGUUGUUCGAGAAGCGAGAGAGUUUUACGGAUAUUUACACGUUCGACGCGACGAGGCACGAAUUGACGGAAGAUAUCUUGAACCAGUGCUUACUCGGUCAAAGCGAAGAGGAUUUCGAGAAGGUCAGAAAGUACGCCAGACUGAAUAAAGAGACGGAAGAUAAAAACGGUGGAACUUUAGUCACGCAACAAAUGAAAUUCCACAUCAAGUUGGGAAGACAGUUGGGCAUUCACGUGUCGCCGACGUGUUGUUUGAACGGCUUAGUCUGCGAUACGAGUUCGUCGUGGACUUUAAAAGAAUGGAAAGCAUUUUUGGAUCCGUACGUGAGGAAUACCCCAUAG